AUGCAAAAGAGAGAACUAAACAAGCCGGGCGGAGCCUCCGGAGGUGGCGCCGCCACCCCCUCCGCCAAGAGAGGCCGUCCUUUCGGAAGUGGAGGCAACAGCGCAUCAGCCUCCGCUGCCGCUGCCGCUUCAGGUGACUCCGCUGCCCCGUUUACCCUCCUCGGCCCCUCACUCCAGGUCCACUCUGCUUUCGCCGAGCAGAAUAGCAAAAGAAUUGUUUUGGCCCUUCAAAGUGGCCUGAAGAGUGAGCUGACGUGGGCUCUGAAUGCUCUCACGUUGCUUUCCUUCAAAGAGAAAGAUGAUGUCCGUAAAGACGCAAUUCCUCUUGCUAAGAUACCGGGCUUGCUAGACGCACUACUUCAAAUUAUAGAUGACUGGCGUGAUAUAUCCAUUCAAAAAGUCCUAAAAAAGACACAGACGGUUCGUGCAAAUUCUAGAGUUACUGGAUUUGGGAAUGAAUAUGAUACUGAUCCUGUUAUGUAUCCUAGUGCCGUAUCUGGUUCCUCAAAUAAAGAUGUGUCUCCACAGAAAGUUACUCCUAGUCCUAAAGCUCGCCCUUCAUGUUGGUGGCUUGAGGAAGAUGGCCUCUUUAAUCUUGAUGAGGGACGGGCAGAAAAGCAACAGUGUGCUGUUGCUGCUUCAAAUAUUAUUCGGAACUUUUCCUUCAUGCCUGAUAAUGAAGUUGCCAUGGGCCAAAAUCGUCAUUGUCUUGAGACUUUGUUCCAUUGCUUGGAGGGUUUUGCCACAGAGGACGAAGAACUUGUCACGAAUGCACUUGAGACGAUCAUGAACCUGGGCCCGUUGCUAGAACUUCGGAUAUUCAGCUCGUCAAAGACUUCAUUUGUGAAAAUGACAGAAAAACGAGCAGUUGAGACCCUCAUGAAAAUAUUGGGAUCCCCUGUCAAAGCAUGGCAUUGUGCAGCUGCAGAAUUAUUUGGCCGUAUGGUACUCAACCCCGAUAACGAGCAGUUUCUCUCGCCAUUUUUACCUCAGAUAUAUAAGCGAUUGGUUGAGAUGUUGAGCUUCCCAGUUGGUGAUACUCAAUCAGCUGCCAUUGGUGCGCUGUACAACCAUGCAGAAACUAGUAUGGACUGCCGUCUGAAACUUGCCAACGAGAGAUGGGCCGUAGAUCGGCUGCUGAAGGUGAUCAAGACACCUCACCCGGUGCCGGAAAUCUGCCGCAAAACAACUAUAAUACUUGAGAAUCUUGUUUCUGAGCCACAGAACAAGCCUCUGCUGAUUGCCUAUGAAAAUGUAUUCGCGGAUUUGCUUUUCUCUGAGACGAGGUACACUGAUGCAUUUGCCCGGAUACUGUACGAGUUGACUUCUCGACCAAACAGCAAAAUUGCACCAGCUCAUGGUAUUUGGGGUAUGUGA